AUGACGACUUGGGAGGUUGUGGGCGGCGCCGACAAGGGGGGCAUCAUCGUGCGCGAGGACGUGGGCCUGUCCUCGGCGGCCUGUGCAGAGCGCCUGGCCACCGGAGCCAAGGUGAAGGAGCUGGAAUGGAAGGAGGGCCGUCUUUGCUAUGAGCUCGUGUCGGGCGUGGGCCCGCAGAAGGGAUGGGUCACAACUAGCCUCAAGGGCAAGGAGCUUUUGGUGAAGUCCAAGGACGUAUCAGAUGCAUCCACCAGUGAGGGUGAGAGCACCAGCGAGGAGGAGAAGGUGCCUGAUGUAGCAGAGAAGGGCCCCAGUCCGGAGGAGAAGGAAGCGUUGCAGCAGUACAUGGACAAGUUUGGGGAGAACCGCACCGGAGGCAACCCGGGGUACAUGCGCAAGGCCUUUCCCUGGGCGGUGGGCCGCCCCAGCGGCACCACGCCCAAAGAGGCGAUCGAGGCGGUGCUGAAGGCCAAGCGGGCGCCCAAACUGCUGAGGGCCCAGGUGAAGCUAGCGGAGGUGGACUCCGACGGGGAGGAGGUGCCUCUGUGCACCAGGUGCCAGUUGCCGGUGGGCGAGCACGCGUAUGAGGGCCGCCAAGGCAAGGGCAGCUGUGUGCAUGGAGAGUGCAUGGCGCAAGUGCUGGUGGAAGAUGCGCAGAAGCAGGAAGACCGCCGGAUGUCCUACGAAGCUGAAAAGAAGCUGAAGAGCCGCAAGGAGUUUGAGAUCGGGUGGCGCCUGGACAGCGUGCCCAAGAACGCCAGCUUCGCCCAGCGCAUGGGCUGCACCGAGCUGGCGCCCGAGGGCCUCUGCUGCCUGGUGCUGGACGAGGCCUCGAAGACGGUGAAGGUGGCCCCCACUUUGGAGCCGGCAGCUGCGGUGAACCUGGAGUAUCUGCUGCUGGCGCUGAAGGUGCGGAAGACGGCGAGCCGGGAGCCUUUGUUCUCCCUGGACCCGGUGGACCCUCAGAACCUGGAGAAGACGCCCCAGAAGAAGGUCUACGAGCCGGAGUGGCUGGCCGGCACCAGCGUGGGGGACGUCAUGUUCCAGGCGGACUACUUCCUCAAGGAGCUGGCGCUGGGGGAGUACACCAUGCCUGUGGCGGGCAUGAUGAGCGUCUUCGAUUGGUCGGAGAUGCAGAACGUGGAUCGCGCCUGGGCGGGCCGCGAGUGGUUCGUGGUGCGGAAGGCGGAGGUGCGCAUCGCUGAGGACCGAACCUUGGUGCCCUUUGUGAAGAUGGGGGUGGAGGCUCGCGAGCAGAUGGUCACCAAGAAGGGCUUGGAGGACGCGGCUGUCACCUCUCCGAACCAUCCCCUGAAGAAGUUUGCAGACGCUUUCACGCGGAACUUCGAUCUGAUCGCCGAGCGCAAGAGCGUGGUCUUCCACCUCCGAGAGCUUGCGAAGGCCUCGGUGAUGGCCAAGUACUUGGUGGACUCCAACGCGCGCCUGGACGAGAGCUGGCUGCAGUUGGCGGAGGAGGUGGUGAAGGGCACGCCGCAGGAGGCGCACCCGGAGAUUCCGCAGCUGUGGAACAUGCGGGGCAACUCUCGCAUCCAGCUGAAGAACGGCCGCGUCAUCGACAUGUUCACCGGCGGCCAGCGGAACUUGCAUGCGAUCUACGGGGGCGUGCAGUUCGGGCUGGACCGCUUCGAGCUGGCGCAGCGCCACGCGCUGCAGGGCCAGGCGGGCAUGCCGCUGGCCAGCGGCAAGCCGAUGUUCAUGCCUCAGCGCUUCCAGCUGGGCACCCGGCCCGAAAUGCCCCAGGGUGUGGAUCUGAACUUGGACAAGUUCGACUUGUCUCGCGUGGAUCGUUUCGAGCGGCUCCCGGCCUGCAGCGGCAAGCCUGGCUCCCUGGAGGCGAAGGUCACCCUUGGCAGGGUCUUCCUGGAGGCCUUGCGAAGCGGCUUUGGGCAGCUGAAGCAGGAGCACCGGGAGAUGCUGCAGAAGAUCUUCAGCAGCCCGGAGUGCGACCGCACACAGGAGGGCCAGAGCUUCAUGCCCCCGGACCCCAAUGCGGAGUACACCAUGAGGUUGCAGAGCCUGGUGAAUGACGAGAAGCUUCUGUUCGACCGUCGCAAGAUGUAUUUCUUCGACAAGGGCUUCAAGGCGGGCGACGCGGGGUCAGAGUUCCCGCGGUCCUGGACCUCCCGGUUCCAGAUCGAGAAGGACGGCCGGGCUCCGGUUUCGAACAAGGCCGGGCUUUUCAAGGUGGACGUGGACGAGGCCUUUAGCGAGUCACUGCUCAGCGAUGUGUUGCCCACCGCGGCCCCGGAGUUCAACCAGAAGACGGAGGAUGGCUCGACCUUCCGCAUCUACAAGAUCGGUUCGCUGGAGGUGCGCACGGUGCAGGAGCAAGGCAAGCCAGAGCAGGUGGGUGUCGUCUUCUCCAGCCGUGCACCCACUUGGGACCUGAAGUCCAAGAAGGUGGAGCUCAAAGACGAGGAGAAGCUCCAGCAGUGCCAGGUCUAUAUUGAGGCCGCGGAGGGCGAGGGAGCCCGGCAGCCUUGUCACUACUACAUGGUCUUCCAGGCCUCCAACAAGACCCUGGUGGUCACCGAGAAGUUGAGCACCGGGCAGACCACGUGGGCAGUGAACCCGCAGAACCUCGAGGACAGGAACUCCCUGGCCAAGCUGCUCUUCACUGCCUCCGUGGAUUCCACGGUGCGGGACUUGAGGAACCUGCAGGUGAGCUUCAACCGGGAGCAGCCCGGUGGAGCGAGCCUGUCCACGCGCAAGCAGUACAUGAAGGCGGUGUUUCAAAGGAUGUGCGGCCGAAACUUCCGUGGCAAGUGGGGUGGCUUCGUGCGGAAGUACAACGGGCCGGCAGUGCCCUCCGAGAGAUUGCUGGCCAGCCAGAAGAACACAAGCAUGUGGACGGCACAGGGCCACGAGCUUCUGGGGAAGACCUUCCUGAAACAGUCCAAGGUGACCUUCUGA